AUGGCGACCCAAACACAGUCACCGUCCCCCUUCUCCCGCCUCUCCCGCCUCGCCUUCCCCUUCAAGACCAACUCGCCCUCCCCGCUCACCGCCGACCGCGCGGACGAAUGGUACAUCCCCUACAACGGCCCCCUUGAGCCCCCGAAGGACCUGCGGAAGGACGAGCGGAGCACGGACAGCUGGGGGCACAUGGUCAGCGACUGGCUGAUGCAGAACGAUGCGGGGGCGCGCACGCGGGUCCGGGCGAUGUCGAACGCUUCGCGGGCGACGGGCGACGACGGCCGCCGCGGUACGUUCGCCAACUUCAGCGGUGACGGGGGCAUCGGGGACUCUCCAGCGCCCGCGCGCCCUCGCAAAUCACAAGAGUCGAGCGCGCCUGCGCACCGCCGCGCGAGCUUUGCGAGCAUCCUCUCGUUUGGCAAGCAGCGCGGGUCCGUCGCGUCGCCGCGCAUACACCCAUCGAUGUCGACAGGCACGCUCCGGGACGACUCCGUGCCGCCGCUCCCACCGCCCACGCAUUCGACGCUCCCGAAGCAACUACAGGGGCUGUCCCAACAGCCCGAAGGAUCAAACUCCCAUACACUCCUUUCCCGCCGCCACCCGUACGCCCUCGCCUCCCCCACGACGCCCUCGACCCAAAACUCGUCUAUCUCGAGUCCUGUGUUCGCCCCGGUUUCCUCCAAGGUCGCAAAGUUCUCCGUCCAGCUCCUCGACCCGCUUAAUCGCAAGUCGACCGCGCCCGCCUAUCUGCUUCCCGCCAAGCGCACCGACCGACUGAGCAUCAAGGCGUCGAUGUCGACCCCGAACCUCCGCGCGGCGAGCGACAGGGGGCGAUGCUCCCCAAGGGCCACGUGGUGCGACGCCCUCAUCCUCGCCCGCCCGCGGUUCGCACUCCGGGUCGAUGGAGAGGGGAGCAGUGGGCGCAUCGUCAGCCCGCCACCGAGUCCGAUUUGGCCGCCUGGGAUGGAGCCGGGGGCACAGCGGCUGCCGCCCAUCAGCGAGAAGAAGACGUUGAAGAAGUCGCAGUCAGCUGUCCAGCUGCGCUCCCGCCCUGAGCCCCCCUCGCCGCCGUUCGCAAUUCCGACCGUGGGCAGGUCAAGCUCGGCGCAGGACCAGAUGCAGCCGCAGCCGCAAGCGGGGCCGUCGACGGUGCGUAGGGAGGAUCUGCCGGCGGGGGGUGGGGACGCGAGCUUGAAACCGUGGAGACCGAAGAGUUGGGCACUGGAUGACCUGGCUGUUCCGAGCCCGGUACCUUCUCUGGCAAAGGUGCUCGAAGACGGAAGACAGUUGGAGGCAGACCGGGCUGCGUGGCAGAAGCAAGCAUCGAAGUCGUUCGGCGGCAACCGAGCCCGCUCUGUAUCCCGCGCACGGUCAAAGUCCGUCGGUGGGCGAUCUCGUGCGCGCCCUCUGGAACCGAGCGCGUUGGACACGUUCGCGGAAGCCACGCUACUCUCUGCGCAAAAGCGACGACCGACGAUUCAUGUCCGCCCACCACGUUCAGACGGCCACGCGUCUUCAAGUGGCGGAGUCACAACAACGAUGACAGGCACAUACACCUCUGGCACGCAUCCCCCGCUCUCUGGUGGAACACGCUCACGGUCGCAUGCACACUCGGCCUCGCUGGGGUCGAUCUCGGUACCCCGAUCGGACGACUCGUUCAUGUGGACCCCUGGCCACGGCCGUAACCACUCACUUGGCAAGUCUGCGUUGCGUAUCGUCCACAACACUGCGGCAAUGUGCGGUGUCGGCAGCGGGCACGACAAGAGCCAUGCACCACGCACGCUCACGGACGAAAAGGCGGCUGCAAUGGAAGCGGCUCUGCGCCACGGUGGGACGAAGAUCAUCCACCUACGCGACCAAGUUGGCCGCGAGCGUAUCAUCGACAACGGCGUCGUGGUCAUCACCCCACCGCCGAGCGCGGGCACGAUCGAAAUUGGGCCUGCUGUCGGGCCAGGAGGCUUGCAUGGAACCUCGCCCACACCAUCAGGCAACUCAUCUUCGGCGGAAGGUGUCGGCAUCGCCAUUGGGUCGCCGUUGCCUACGCCAGAACUCCUGGACCAGGAGCCUAUCCGUAUCCCGGCACAUCCCUAUGCGCAAGGUCUCUUCUGGCGGGCACGGGUACAGACCGACGUCAAGCCGGGUCCUUCUGAAGACACAGCAUCCAGUCCGACGAGCACUGCCGGAGAGAGCUCCACGAGACAUCGCCAGCCCGUUAUUCUCCAUCCAUACUCGCCUUAUUCGUCCAUACCUCACCCAUACUCCAACAUCACCAGCACAAGCAAAGCCGCCACUGCCGCCCCCGCGCAACACAGGAACCGCCCCAACAAGUAUCUCGAUGUCCGGCCGUCGCCACUGUCAAGCAUGUUCGCGGAGCUCAGCCCCGGGACCAUUCGUGAGAUCAUGCCCGAUGAGAUUCAUGGAAGUAGCUCGUCGGGUCACAAGACGCCUUCGCCGGAGCCGGUUGUUCCGCCCGUUCACGGUCACCCUUAUGGGCCUCCGUCGAAGCGGACGAGCGAAUGGGGCUUCGCUGAUGCCUUGACGCACACGCUCCGCGGCCGUGCAAGUCAAGACAGCGGGCUCGGUACGAGCGAAACGCACGAAGUACCCCCUCUGCCUCAACCCGUCAUCACGCACACCCCCGACGACUCUGAAGAUGUCGUGGUGAUCAGCCCUAGCGCCGAGGAAGAUGGCAUCGUCGAGGCUCGCGACAUCCUAGGUGUCCGCUCGCGAACGGACUCGUCCAACGUUGGCGGACGCCGCCCGGGGAUGACCCCACGCGAGACGACUGGCACGUCCUCGAAUCACACGCUCGCGUCUUCCACGAUGGAGAGCGUCGACCCCCCGACGUUCCAGGUUGCGCCGAGUCCGAACCCAAGCCACCGCUCGGGCUCGUCCCCGGGCGAGGUCUCGAUUUCAUCAUCUCCGCCAGUCUCUCCUCACCCGUUCAGCGCGACCGAGAACGACAUGCAGCAGUUCCGUGACCUCUUCUACCGCCCUCCGCUCGAGCGCUCCCCCGAGCACGGGCAGCCGCCCGUCCAUCACACGAAAACGAGCAUCCCCAUCGAGCUUUCCGGAGGCCGCAGCACACGCUCGCUCUCAGGUCUCACCACGCUCGCGCGCCAACUGAGUGUCAACCUUGGUGAGCUCCAGGACCACGAGGAGGCGCUCGAGCAGCUCGAAGGACGUGGGUCUCCGUGGAGCACCGCGUCUGUCUACUCGCGCGGUGAAGAUGGACAGCCAAUGCCCGUUCGCGUCGGCUCCCAGUCGUCGUCGUUACGGUCAGGGUUCCGGCGAGAGGGUGGGCAGUCGCCGUUGCGGCUGCCGCUGGAUGCGGAAGGCGCCUAUCCAGCCAAUCGACAUAUGCGCGUCGGUUCCAUCGAAGCCGUCUCCACACCCCCCGCCGUCACCGAGCCCAUGCGCUUCUCGACGCACCUCGACGAGUACCCGUCCUCCGAGGCGGCGACGAGCCCGACGGAUACGCGCAAGUCCCGCAUUGUCUCCACGCGGUCGAGUCUCGCUCACUGCGAGCCACCUGUCCAUCUGCACGCGUACUACGACGACCCGUCGCGCGAGAGCAUGGCCGUGGACACCCCGGUCGAGAUCGACGAACAGGAUGACAUUGUCCUCGACCCUGGCCGGCCGGUGCUCACGCGCGAAACGAGCACCACGACCUUCGGCGGUCGCCAGCAGAUGGGCGAGGCCUUGUAA